ACGUUACCUCCCUGCAGACAGAAAAAGUGACUGGCUGACAUUCACGGGCGGAGGUAUCUGAACCCAAAAAACCUCCAGACGCCGAGGACCGAGCGCGACCGAGCGGGUUCUGUUCGAAAGGUGGUGGCCAGUGACGGCUUGCGGGCCAUGAUGGAGUCGGCCCUGACGGCCAGAGACCGGGUGGGCGUGCAGGACUUCGUCCUCCUGGAGAACUACACCAGCGAGGCCGCCUUCAUCGAGAACCUGCGAAAGCGCUUCAAGGAGAACCUCAUCUACACAUACAUCGGCUCGGUGCUGGUGUCCGUGAACCCGUACAAAGACCUGGAGAUCUACAACAAGAACCACAUGGAGCGGUACCGCGGAGUCAACUUCUACGAGGUGUCGCCUCACAUCUACGCGGUGGGCGACAACUCGUACCGCUCCAUGAGGACGGAGAGGAAGGACCAGUGCAUCCUCAUCUCCGGGGAGAGCGGCGCCGGGAAGACGGAGGCGUCCAAGAAGAUCCUGCAGUACUACGCCGUCACCUGUCCGGCCAGCGAGCAGGUGCAGACCGUCAAGGACCGCCUGCUGCAGUCCAACCCCGUGCUGGAGGCCUUCGGCAAUGCCAAGACGUUGCGUAACGACAACUCGAGCCGCUUCGGCAAGUACAUGGACAUCCAGUUUGACUUCAAGGGCGCCCCGGUCGGAGGCCACAUCAUCAACUACCUGCUGGAGAAGUCUCGGGUGGUGCACCAGAACCACGGGGAGAGGAACUUCCACAUCUUCUACCAGCUGAUCGAGGGAGGAGAGGAGGACCUGCUGAGACGCCUGGGCCUGGAGAGGAACCCCCAGCAGUACCAGUACCUGGUCAAAGGUAACUGUCCCAAAGUGAGCUCCAUCAACGACCGCAGCGAUUGGAAGACGGUGAGGAAAGCCUUGACUGUGAUCGGCUUCAACGAGGACGACGUGGAGGAGCUCCUCAACAUCAUCGCCAGCGUGCUCCACCUGGGAAACGUGCAGUACGGCGAGGAGGACGGCAGCGCCUGCAUCACCUCCGACACACAGAUCAAGUACCUGGCCCGGUUGUUAGGAGUGAAUGGGACGGUGCUGACGGAGGCACUCACACACAAGAAGAUAAUUGCCAAGGGAGAAGAGCUGAUGAGUCCGCUGAACUUGGAACAAGCGUCAUCAGCUCGGGAUGCUCUGUCCAAGGCGGUUUACGGACGCACCUUCACCUGGCUGGUCAACAAGAUCAACACUUCUCUGACAUACACGGACGACUCCUCCAAGCAUUACUCCGUCAUCGGCCUGCUGGACAUCUACGGCUUUGAGGUCUUCCAGCACAACAGCUUCGAGCAGUUCUGCAUCAACUACUGCAACGAGAAGCUGCAGCAGCUGUUCAUCGAGCUCACGCUGAAGUCUGAGCAGGAGGAGUACGAGGCCGAGGGCAUCACGUGGGAGCCGGUGCAGUACUUCAACAACAAGAUCAUCUGUGACCUGGUGGAGGAGAAGUUCAAAGGCAUCAUCUCCAUUCUGGACGAGGAGUGCCUGCGCCCCGGAGACGCCAGUGACCUCACCUUCCUGGAGAAGCUGGCGGACACUGUGGGAGGACACCCGCACUUUGUCACUCACAAGCUGGCUGAUGCAAAGACCCGGAAGGUAAUGGGACGUGAAGAAUUCAGACUGCUGCAUUACGCUGGAGAGGUCAACUACAACGUCAACGGAUUUCUGGACAAGAACAACGACCUCCUCUUCAGGAACUUAAAAGAGGUUAUGUGCAUGUCAGAGAACAAGAUCCUGAACCAGUGUUUUGACCGAGAGGAGCUGAGCGACAAGAAACGUCCAGAAACGGCUGCCGCCCAAUUCAAAGCCAGCCUGGCGAAGCUCAUGGAGAUCCUGAUGUCCAAGGAGCCGUCGUACGUCCGCUGCAUGAAGCCCAACGACUCCAAGCAAGCAGGCCGGUUUGACGAGGUGCUGAUCCGCCACCAGGUGAAGUACCUGGGCCUCAUGGAGAACCUGAGGGUCAGGAGGGCCGGCUUCGCCUACAGGCGCCGCUACGAGGUCUUCCUCCAGAGGUACAAGUCUCUGUGUCCGGACACGUGGCCCAACUGGCAGGGGAAGCUGUCUGACGGGGUGGCGACGCUGGUGAAGCACCUGGGCUACAAGCCGGAGGAGUACAAGCUGGGCAGAUCCAAGAUCUUCAUCCGCUUCCCAAAGACCUUGUUCGGCACCGAGGAGGCGCUGGAGACCAGGAAGCACAGUCUGGCCACCAAGCUGCAGGCCGGAUGGAGAGGCUACAGCCAAAAGUCCAAAUACCAAAAACUCAGAACCUCCGCUAUAGCGGUUCAGGCGUGGUGGAGAGGGAUCCUGGCCCGGAGGAGAGCUCGGCGCCGGCGGCAAGCUGCUGAUACGAUCCGCCGGUUCAUCAAAGGCUUCAUCCACCGCCACGAGGACCGCUGUCCAGAGAACGAGUACUUCCUGGAUUACGUGCGCUACUCGUUCCUCAUGAAGCUGCACAGGAACCUGCCGAAGAACGUCCUGGACAAGAGCUGGCCGACGCCCCCAGCCGCCCUCACGGAGGCUUCGGAGCACCUGCGUCAGCUGUGCAUGCAGAACAUGGUGUGGAGCUACUGCAAGAAGAUCAGUCCUGAGUGGAAGCACCAGAUGGAGCAGAAGAUGAUCGCCAGCGAGCUCUUCAAGGACAAGAAGGACAACUACCCUCAGAGCGUGCCCAAGCUGUUCGUCAGCACCCGCCUCAAUGGGGAGGACAUCAACCCCAAGGUGGUGCAGGCUCUGGGCAGCGAGAAGAUGAAGUACGCAGUGCCGGUCACCAAGUACGACAGGAAGGGCUACAAGGCCCGGCCCCGCCAGCUGCUGCUCACCAGCAGCGGCGCCGUCAUCGUGGAGGAGGCCAAGCUCAAGCAGCGCAUCGACUACGGAGCCCUGAAAGGUAUCUCCGUCAGCUCGCUCAGCGACGGCCUGUUCGUUCUGCACGUGCUCAGUGAGGACAACAAGCAGAAGGGAGACGUGGUUCUGCAGAGCGACCACGUGAUCGAGACCCUGACCAAGAUCGCCAUCUGUUCCGACAAGAUAAACAACAUCAACAUCAACCAGGGCAGUAUAACGUACACGGUGGGUCAGGGGAAGGAGUGCGUCAUCGACUUCACGCCCGGAUCAGAACUGCUGGUGGCCAAGGCCAAGAACGGACACCUGUCUGUGACGGCUCCCAGGCUGAACUCCAGAUGAUUGACACUCAUACCGACGUACAGCUGACAACCUUCUCCCAUCCUCCAAUCACAGGCCCCCUGCUCUGCCGUCAGCCAAUCAGACGCCAGCUUGUCACCGCACGGGGUGACACGUGCUUCCAAUUAAAAAAAAAAAAAAAAAGAAGAAAUCUAGCGAAACUAAUUGAUAUAUUUAUGUUUAUAUAUUAUAUUUUUUUGGGGGGGGGGGGGAUUAAUACUGUUUUGAAUAUUCUGAUUUUAUAUAUGAGGCCAAGGAAUAACAAAUAUUUUUGGUGCACUUUUCUUGCGCCGCGCGUGUUUUUAUUGUGCUUUUAUUUUGGGAACACGACCAAGAAACCAAUGAGGGAAGAGUCAGAGUCGUUGUUGAUGAAAAUCAGGGUUAGUCGUUGCCCGUUGCCCGUUGCCCGUUGCCUCUUUUUUUUAAUGUUUUCUGCUCGAUUUACAGGAUUAAUUGUCUCGCUGACGCGACGUUUCUAACUCGGUGGGGCGAACGGUUUGUUCUCGAAGGUGUGCAGGACGUGUGAGAGGAAGUGAGCGGAGCGGUCGUACGUUUGAAUCCUUUCGAGGGAUUCGCCACGAAGAACGACCACGCGGGGGUGAAAGUACGCGAGGGGGGGGGGGAAUGGAGAGCGCAGCGAUUUUUAUAUUAUUCGCCUCGACGCCGGGCGAUCGUGCCUUUUUUUUUGUUGCUCUUUUGACUAAUUUAUUUCACAGUGAAUCGAGCUGAAAGAAAAUAAAUAAUAAUAAAACCUCCAUGACGCUCAGCGACGGACUGAGUCGAGUUCAGCGUCGCUUAGAUUGUUUGUUUUUUAGACGUCGUCGUGCAGCUUCUCUCCUUUUGUGCUUUACGACCCGCUGUGACUUCAGAGGUUCCUUCUCCGCCGUCGUAGAGAAGCGAAGCUUUGGCUGAACGGGUCUGAAGGCUUCUUGGGGUUUCUGAGUGAAGUCGGUCCCGUUUUGAAUCGUGCCAUGAAUCGAGCAUAUGAUGUUUGUCUAUUUAAAAUAUAAUUUUUUUGCACGUCCAGCGAGUUUUAUUUCUGUGUCUUGAAGCCAACGCUGAAGUGUCUUUUACCUGCAUUCUCUCUCCUGACCACCAGGGGGCGACUCCUCUGCUUGUAUAGAAGUCUAUGCUUCAUGUGUUAAAGCUGCAUUCUCUCUCCUGACCA